CAAUGGCAAGGAGACGUGGCAAACAGACAUUUAAAUCCUCAGACAGCGACAGCCGAGCGCCCAUUAUUGCUCUUCAUGCGCAGGCAUUACGGGUGGAAGUCGAUAUUCCCCAGCUACACGCUUGCCAGUUUAGUCUCUCUAGUCCAGGAUAACAUCGGAAAGGGCGAAGAUGGCUACGGCAGCGAAUAAUGGUUCAGUCGGUAAAUGGGAAGUCGUAAAGAAAGGCAAGAAGCCGAACAUUGCAGGAAAGAAACAACCUGAUAAGAAAUCGGCUGGAAGGAAAGCUCUGAGCGAGUCUAACAUGCCCAAGAUCGACCCAGCUCCCCCGCUGAAAAUGUCCGAGACGAUCUACGAGGGCUUUGAGCGACUGGGGAAGAAGCUGAAUAAAGAGCAGGUCCCCCCAGUAUCAGCGCCAGAGCCACAGCAGAAGAAAGCCAGUUCGGGGAAACCGACAAAGAAAUCCCCCGGGAAUGACGGAGGACAGAAAUCGGGGAAGUUUAAAACGCUGGAGGACGCUAUGAAAGCGUUUGAUGUCGCAGAGCUCCAGCAGGAGCUAGAAAAGAGCCAGAACCUCUUCCCAGAAAACCCUUCUGUGUGGGUCAAGGACUUGGCCGGCUACCUCAAUUACAAGCUGCAGGCCCCCGAGAGUGACCCCACACUCAGCAACCACCCCUAUGAUUACCCUUAUAGCUUGGCAAGCAAAGAGCUGAAACAUGUCAUUAAGGUCUUACUGGGAAAGUGCUCUGAUUCACUGCAGGACUUCUUUGAUCACUGCAUCUACACUAUGUUGCGGGAGAUGGACAGGUCAUCAGGUGAAGCACUGCAUGGCUACAGAGUGUGCAUUCAAGCCAUAAUGCUGGACAAACCCAAAAUUGCAACUUUAAAUUUGCCUGAUCAUUUGGAGCUGUUACGAUCCCACCAGAACAGACCAGUGAAGUGCCUCGCUAUCAUGUGGGCUUUGGGGCAGUGCGGCUUCACAGACCUUACUGAAGGACUCAAAGUGUGGCUUGGCAUCAUGCUUCCAGUUCUUGGUGUUAAAGCACUGUCAUCUUUUGCUAUUGGUUACCUGGAAAGACUUCUAAUGUUGCAUGCCAACUUAACCAAAGGCUUUGGAAUAAUGGGACCAAAAGAAUUUUUCCCUCUGCUGGAUUUUGCCUUUAUGCCCAAAAAUGCACUGAUACCCAGUCUACAGGACCAGCUACGACGCCUGUACCCAAGGUUGAAAGUUCUAGCCUAUGGAGCCAAACCAGAGUGUACCUUACACACCUACUUCCCAUCCUUCCUCUCCAGGGCUACCCCUCACUGCCCUGAAGACAUGAAAAAAGAGCUCCUGAAGAGUCUCACAGAGUGUUUAUCACUGGAUCCUCAGAGCCUCAGUGUCUGGAGGCAGUUGUACACAAAGCAUCUUUCACAAUCUAGCCUUCUACUGAAUAAUCUGCUUCAGUCUUGGAAUACUUUACCGCCAAAACUUCAGAAAUCUCUUCAGGAAACCGUGCAGUCUUUCAAGGUGACCAAUGACGAAAUGAGGACAUCUGCAAAUUCACAAGAUUUGAAAGACUGCAGUUCUCUGUGCAAUCGCCUGCAGCUGAAAAUGAAGGGUCAUGGUUUUCCUUGGUCUCGCCUGCUCCUGGCCCUGGUGGUGUUUGCGUCUGGUUUCGUCGUCCACGACGUGAGAUCACACGGCUCUUUCAAAGCCUCUUCCUGUGCACAUGUCCUGCAGCAGUCAGGAAUGAUGUCAGUGUCUGAGCAGGCCUGGAGUAAGAUCUCUCAUUAUUCUCAAGAGGGAUACAGUUGGGUGGAGACCAAUGCACCACACUACUAUUCUCAGGCAGUAACUACGCUCGGUCCUUUCCUGGAAGUUGCUUGGGAAAAGACAAAGACAUCAUCUGCCUUCAUUGUAGAGCAGUGUUCCGUUCAGAUCACGUGGAUUCAAGAAAAUGCUCCUAGGUUUAUCGAAUGGCUCAGUGCCAACAUCCCGGAUAACGUAUUUCAGUUCAUUGAAUAUUUGAAGGAGUUGCUGUUAUUCAUUCAUCAGAACUACCUACAGCCAGCUAUGGUGUAUGUGAAGACUUCACUGGAGCUUAGCUGGCAAAAGUUUGUAGAAUCUUGCAAUGGGGAAGUUUCCAUGCCCUGCAUUCAAAACCAUUUAAUAUCCAUUUCUAAUUCCACCUGGACUUAUGUGCAGAACACAACUCUUGCUGUUAAAAACUGGGCAUUUGCAAUAAUGUCAAGACAGUAAGAAGUGUCUGUGACCCUGAACCCCAGAGACUGAGUUCCUUUUGUCCUCCCCACCGGGAACAGAAACCACCAGUGCUUUUUAAUGAUUGCUCAGAGAAAGACUUUCCACUUAGGUGCAAACAAAUACAAAGAUUUUUGUCAAACCGCAUGGAAUUUUGUAUCCGACUCAUUUUGUACCUAUGGUUUGAUCACUUUGAGGUAUACAUUUUUUUUAAGUGAUAUUCAGGAUUUUAAUUGUUGGGCAGUGUUAUUUCACGGAAAAUUGCCAAAUGGGGAAAGAUGGAUUUUAGUGGCUGGCUUUCCUUUGAAAAAUGCAUCAGCUUUGCCAUUUAUUAUCUACACGGUUUCAGCUGACCAUGUCUGAUUACACAUCUGGAUAACAAAAGUUAAAGUAAAGGUUCAGUGAAAAAGAACUACUUCUUAAGACCUCAAGUUAACACAGACUUAGUAUUUUUUUGGGUAAUUUUAGUUUGUGUUUAAUUUCUAUUGUUACAUGAGAAUGAAUUUUAAAGCCUCUUGCAGGGCCAUUUUGGAAGGUGGUAUUAACUUUAUUUAAACCCAGUUAAAGUUCACUUCCUUAAAUUUAUUGUAUGUUUUUUUUUAAAUCUGUACCCAGAGUAAAGAUGAGAUAUCAAUGGGGAAAGGCACUGGACUGUUUUGAUAUUGUGAUUACUACUGCUGCUUUCUGUAAAAUAUUUCAACAUCAGGUCAUUUUUAGUAGGGUAAUUGCCCUAAUUAAUUGAAAAAAAUCAAAUAUUUUAGCUCAUCAGAAGCAUACCAGAGACUAGCCAGCUUGUGCUAUUGAAAAUAAUAUUAAAAGUCAAGAGACAUUUUAGAAUGUUAAGUACUAAAUUCUGCAUUUAUUUUUAGCAUAAAGCUGAUGUUUACAAUUGAGUAAUUACAUUUUUUAAUCUUGCCUUACCAUCCCUAAACUGAAAAAACAAUUUUUAAAAGUAUCUGGUCUGUGUUUAUGUGCAAAUUCUUAACACUAUUCACGUAUUAUUAGGUCUUUGAUAGUGUUUUGAUAUAACAGUGCUGUUCCUGAUUACUACUGUCUUGUCAGUUGAGAAAAUAAGUCUUACACCUGAAGUAUAUCUUCAGCGGAGCAGAAUAAGAUGUUUACAGAGUGAAGGCUAUGAAAGUACAUUUGUAAUUAUGCUUUCACUUAACCUUGUAAGCUUUGUCUUGGGCUCUCCAAAAAGUAGAAUGGCAUAGAAUGACCAAAAUCAAAUUUUCUUUAUGCUCAGUGCAGAAACUGAGGUUUGAUACCACAGCUGUCUGUAUCCUCAAAGUAGUUGGGUUUCUAUUCCAUGUACAGAAUUUUUUUUUUAAAUGAAAGAGUCUCAUGCACUACUUCACUUGAGAAUCUUGUGUGUGUGUGCGUGUUGAAAUAAAGUCUAUCUGAUCUACCUUUUAA